CCCUGAUUUUGGCUCUGGGCCCUGUGCGGGGGGGGCUCCCCCGGGCCUGCGGUGGGAAGGGGACCCUGGGGCAGGGCGGAGGGGACGGGCUUGAAUGGGACCCCGGCCGCACUUCCCCUCUCUGACCCGGCCCUGCCUUCUCCCCAGGACCCGCAGCAGGAUGUGCUCCCUGGCGCUGUUCCCGCCCCCGCCUGCCCCCGGAGAUGUCACCCUGUACGAAUUUAACAACGCGCUGGUCUCCGGCCACAUCUACGAGAAGCUCCCGCUCGCUUUCCAAGACCAGUUGGCUGAUCUGCCUGUCUUAACCGUCCCCAAGGAAACUCUGAAAGCUCACAGCCGGCUGGAGCAUAGCACAAAACCCGCCUUCAUCCACCACCAGGAGACCCUCUGGAAGAGAUGUCUCAAUGCCUGGCGCGAUGUGGGAAUGUGUGGGGUGCUUAACGAGAUAGCAAAUGCGGAGGAGGCAGAUCUACAGUGGAUGAAAACAGGAUCACGCUGGGCUUUGGCUCUGUGCCACUGGGUCUCCUCUCUCCACGGCUCCCUGUUUCCCCAUUUGUCCCUGUGUAGUGAAGACAUGAUUGCGGAGUUCUCCCAGGCGGUGGACUGGGCUGGCUGCUCCAUCCGGGCUUUUGCCUGGCACCCUCACACCAGCAAGUUUGCGGUGGCCCUUUUGGACGACUCCAUCCGAGUUCACAACACAAACAGGUCUCCCCACACUCCAAGUGGGUCCCAGCUGGCAAGUAAAGGCAUCCUUAAAAGAAGACUCUCCCAGCUCAUUCUGAAAUGCUGCCGGCUUUCCCCUUCACAGGCUGCAUCCCCCGGCUGGACUUUCAUGCCAGCAAGUGCCAAAUCACACCCAUUAACUGCUGGGACUAGGCUGCAGGCAGCACCGGGCAUGCCUCCUGAACAAUCUAGUGCCACGAUCCCCAUCCUGAAACAUCGUUUGCAGAGGAAUGUGGCCUCGAUGGCGUGGAAGCCACUCUGUGCAUCCAUCCUCGCCGUAGCAUGCCAGAGCUGUGUCUUGCUUUGGCACUUGGAUCCUACUUCCCUUUCCACCAGGCCUUCGUCUGGCUGCGCCCAGGUGCUCGCCUACCCCGGUCACAGUCCCGUUACCAGCCUGGCGUGGGCCCCCAGUGGAGAGAUGCUGCUCUCGGCUUCGCCUGUUGAUACUGCCGUGCUUGUGUGGGAUGUGUCCACGGAAAACUGUGUCCCGCUGCAGUGGUUUGGAGGGGGUGGAGUCACUUACCUUGCUUGGUCACCUGAUGGCAGCAAGGUGCUAGCAGCCACACCCUCAGCAGUGUUCAGGGUUUGGGAAGCUCAAAUGUGGACAUGUGAGAGGUGGCCCACCAUCAAGGGGCGCUGCCAGACAGGAUGCUGGAGCCCGGACGGCAGCCGAUUGCUCUUUACGGUCCUGGGGGAGUCAGUCAUUUACUCCUUGUCCUUCUCUGAGUACAGCGGCGAGAUGCAAGGGCAAGUAGGAGGAUCAAAAACGGCUUCUAUUGUGGCAGACCUGUCAGAGACCACCUUUGAAACACUGUAUGGGGAGGAGAGGAUCGGAGGGGAAGUGCACUCCAUGGUCUGGGACCCCAGCGGCGAGAGGCUUGCGGCUCUCAUCAGAGGGAAUCCCGAAACCCCUGAAAGCAGGACGAUCAUUGCUGUGUUUCGUACCCGCAAUAGCCCCGUGUUCGAACUCCUGCCAUGUGGCUUCUUGCAGGGGGAGCCAGGGGCAGAGCCGCAGUUGAUCACUUUCCAUCCCUGCUUUAAGAAAGGGGCCCUCUUGACUGUGUGCUGGUCUACAGGGAAGAUCAGCCACAUCCCGUUUUACUUCGUCAGCGCCCAGUUCCCCUGCUUUAGCCCCAGCCACAGUCCUGCUGUGGCCCUGAGCAGCAGCAGCGCCAGCGUGCGGGAGCAGCCCUUGUUUUCGGAGCUGUGAAGAGCAGAGCGGGGGACCCUUGGGCCGGGCUCCAUUUAAACCCUGCUGGGCCUUUCCUUGUCAUGCUACCUGUGCUGUUUAAGGAGUUCCCUUUCGUCCCGCUGCUGGGUAACCACGGUGCUCGCGCCCUCUAAUGGUUACUCCACCCCAACACAUCCACUGGGAUCAGCUAUUGGGGCAGCAUAUGCUGGGCACUGAUGGAUUGUAUCAUUUGUCAAGAGAGCCCCGAGUCUGGAAGGGGAGCAGUAUUUUGUUUGCAGUAUAAGGAGCCAGCCCAGGGCGCGAGGUCCUGCUUUGCAAAGCGCUUGGUGCUGUCCGGAUUAAAGAUCACACUUCCAUUCUGGCUCCCGUUCUCGUGCACCUCCCAGUGUGACCUGAAUGGCACUUACUCUGCAUCCACAGCAGCUCAAGGGCUGCACUCUGGUGUUUGCACCAGGGUGGCUCAGAGCCCCAGGGCUAUUUAAUCCCAGGAGCUGCUCCGGGCAGGUUUCCACGUGCCUUUCAUCUGCAGCCACCUGGCCUCAGUACUGCACUUGGUCACAAACGGGGCA